AUGAGGUCGAAGCAAAUUAAUGGAUCCGAAAUCAAGGACGACGGUACGGAAGGAGCGCGAAAAAAACUUGGUCAGAACGAAACGGCUUCUUCCCCUUCUCCUUCCCAACCCCGUAACCCCGAAACAGCGAAGUGUCGCCCCAAAUUUGGAGCAAAGUUCCAACCGUCUGUUCUGCCGCAGGUUACGAAGUCAACGCUGCCGCCCGCGGUGGCUUAUUUGCACGAUGGAGAAACGGAUUGUGGAAUCGGAACAGAGGGCUGUGACAGUUAA